UUAGAAGAUCUAUUUAAUCACAUCUCAUCCAAUCAUAUACGAUCAACGAAAUCAAGAGUAACAACACAAUCGAUUCCGCGAGCUCUUCUCAACGAAAGAGGGGAAGCAAAACCUCUGGACGAGCCCCCUUAUUUACACGGCAAGAGAACACUCUGUGAAGCAUCAUCUCUUGGACGCAAAGCAAAUCCCGUUGCCACAUUCUCACCUGCUUUCCUUUCUCCUCACUCUGAACACAAUAGCCAUCCUUGCUUGUUGUUGGCUUCCAUGGGGACUUCCGCUGGGCUCCGUUCUCGCGGGGCACUCUUUGUGGUCGCCUGUUGUUGUCUUCUCUCUUUGGUAUGCAGCGGAGGCAACCCAAAGACCAGAUCGGCAGUGGGAGACCCUGGGAUGAAAAGAGACGGACUGAGGGUGGCUUUGGAGGCCUGGAACUUCUGCAAUGAGGUCGGAGAAGAAGCCCCCGGCAUGGGCAGCCCCCGCCUCGCUGACUGCUUCGACAUCGUAAACAAGACGGAGGUGGUGCACAAGGUAGCCGACAAGGACAACAGGCUCGGCUUCGGCGAUGAUCUCCCGGAAGCGCCACCGAAAAGCCUCAAGAACGUCGACCUCUAUGCCGUCCAGAAGGAGCUCUACUUGGGGAAGAAGUGCGAGGUCGCUGAUGACAAUACGCCCUGGCAGUUUUGGAUGAUCAUGCUCAAGAACGGGAAUCUGGACACUUCCGCCGGCCUGUGCCCCAAGGACGGCAACAAGGUCGGCCCGUUUCCGCCGGAGUCGAGGUUCCCCUGCUUCGGUAAGGGGUGCAUGAACCAGCCACUGGUGUUCCACGACAGUACCAUCUUGAACGGCACCAAGCUUUCAGGGAGGUUCUACGGCACUUACGAUCUCGAUGGUCAUAUCGGCGAGGAAGUUGACAACGCGUCCUACUUCUCGGUGUCAUGGGAGAAGGAGCUGGGGAAGGGUGGUUGGUCCUUCCACCAUGUCCUCAAGACCACUAAGUCGUACCCCUGGCUCAUGCUCUACCUGAGGUCCGACGCCACGAGGGGCUUCUCUGGCGGAUACCACUACGAAACCAGAGGGAUGACCACAAUAAUCCCGGAAUCGCCCAACUUCAAGGUGAGGUUGACGCUGGACAUCAAAAGAGGCGGAGGUUCGGCGAGCCAGUUCUACUUGAUGGACAUGGGCAGCUGCUGGAAGAACAACGGCGACCCCUGCGACGGGGACGUGACGAGCGACGUCACCCGGUACAGCGAGAUGAUACUGAAUCCCCAAACCGAGAAGUGGUGCCGGGCGGACAGCCUCCAUGAGUGCCCCCCUUACCACACCUUAGCCAACGGGACUCGGAUUCACCGGACUGACACUGCCAACUUCCCCUACGAAGCCUAUCAUGUGUACUGCUCCCCAGGGAACGCCCUGAAUCCGGAGAAGCCCUACAGGUCCUGCGACCCUUACAGCAACCCCCAGCCGCAGGAGAUCCUUCAGAUCCUGCCUCAUGCGGCGUGGGCGGAGUACGGGUACCCAACGAAGCCGGGCGAGGGUUGGGUUGGUGAUCCCAGGACCUGGGAGCUCGAUGUGGGAAGGCUGUCCCAGUCUCUCUACUUCUAUCAGGACCCUAACACAACCGCAGCGAAAAGGAAGUGGACUUCGCUUGAUGUUGGCACGGAGAUCUACAAGAGUGAUGAUGCUGCCGCUGAGUGGAUUCUGAGCGACUUUGACAUCAUUGUUCCUCAGUGACAUCAUUGUCACUGCAUCUUAGACGUUGCUGUUUCAUAGACAUUGAUGUUGUCUCUUCAAUAAUAGACUCUUCAUCGGACCAAUUUCAUGGA